AUAAAAAAGCAACCCCAUAUAUUACAAUCCGAAACCCUAAAGCCUCACUCUUGACUUUCACUUCCCUCACAGCAGCCGCUUAGCCAGAGAAAGCAGAGGCACAGCUACAAUGGUGUCCGGGUCAGGGAUCUGUGUAAAAAGAGUUGUUGUUGAUGCAAGGCAUCAUAUGCUAGGCAGGCUAGCAUCAAUAAUAGCUAAAGAACUGCUAAAUGGACAAAGAGUUGUUGUUGUUAGGUGUGAAGAGAUUUGCAUCUCUGGUGGGUUAGUGAGGCAGAAAAUGAAGUACUUGAGGUUCUUGAGGAAACGCAUGAACACUAAACCUUCUCAUGGUCCUAUUCACUUCAGGGCUCCUUCGAAGAUUCUCUGGCGUACCAUUAGAGGGAUGAUUCCUCACAAGACCAAGCGUGGAGAGGCUGCUCUUGCACGUUUGAAGGUUUUUGAGGGUGUUCCUCCUCCAUAUGACAAGACAAAGAGGAUGGUUAUCCCUGAUGCUCUCAAGGUUUUGAGGCUUCAGCCUGGACACAAGUAUUGCUUGUUAGGUCAGCUUUCAUCUGAGGUUGGAUGGAACCACUAUGAUACCAUCAAGGAGCUGGAGAAGAAGAGAAAGGAAAGAGCUCAAUUGGUCUAUGAGAGAAAGAAGCAGUUGGCUAAACUGAGGCUCAAGGCUGAGAAGACCGCAGAGGAGAAGCUAGGUCCCCAGCAAGAAAUUAUUGCUCCGCUCAAAUAUUGAUUGAAAUUUGAAGAGAAGGUUGCUAUUGAACGAGGAACUCUGAUCCGAGAAUUACUGUUUUGCAUCUAAAUCUGUUUCCUAUUUUGACAACUUCUGUUUGAGUGAAUUAACUUUAUGCUAUUUAUAUUAACAGUUUUCUUGCAAACAUUAUUCGGCUUUCCAGUUUAGAUAUAUAAUAGUUUGAACCAUUUCUUUA